AAAGUAAUACUCAAGACAAAAUGCUAGAUCGUAAAAGAAAAGCUAAAAACUCACCUUCUGAUCCUGAUUCUGAUGUCGAGAGUUUUCAUGACUAUGAUGAAGGCAAUAGAAAUAAUUCUAUCUCAUUAACUUCAAAUGAUAUUACAGCCUUUAAUGAGAAAAUUGAGAAUCUGAGUCCUAGCGAUGAAGAUAGUGAUGUGGGAUAUGAUACUCCUUAG